AUGGCGUUUCGGAACGUUGCUCCACCAGUGUUGAAAUCGGUGGUCGCCAAGUUCAACGCUUUCCAAUUGAUCACUCAACGUCAACAAGUGUCACUGCUAAUCAGAAAGCGACUGAUCGAGCGAGCUCUCGACUUCAAUAUUCUUGAUGACGUCUCUUUGACCGCGCUCGCCUUCUCGCCUCAAUACGCGGCUGCGGUUGAAGCUAAACAGGUAGCCGCUCAAGAGGCUCAACGUGCUUCGUUCUUGCUGAGGGAGAGGCAGAAUCGGCUAAAUUGUUUGGAGAGACUUUGCGUGGAGAUCCGGGCUAUU